AUGGAUUCUGUAUCGUCUAACAAAACUCCGUUGAACAAUCGGGAAUCGCUAUCAUAUCCUGGCGGUAGCAGUGAUGACCGGGGAGGCGCGUCAAUGAGGCGUCGUUUGACGCUGGACGAAUCGGAGCACUUAACAGGCACUAGAAGGCCUACCCAGUACACUCAAUACGGCAGGACUCCUAAUGUAUUACGGCGUAUACGUGCAGCUCGCAGUGAUAUUGGGGAUAUGGGCAGGGAGUUGUUCAUGCAACCAGAUGAAAUUCGACGUAUGCCAUACAUUUUGGAUGCUAGGAUUGACGAGGUGAACACUCGCUUUAGCGCAUUUCUGCGAGAAUUCCGUAUUGAAGAUUUCGAUGGAGUGAUUGUACCAACGGAUGAAGAUUACGAAUUAUUGGAUAAGCGUGAGAACUUUGCGUCACGGUGGACAAUGGUAUAUUAUGGUUUGAAAAUGAUGUUAUAUAUAGAUUCACACUUUGGAUCUACGACUGGAGAAGAAUUGAAUAAUUCACCUUCCAUCGUACGUCGAUUCGAAUUAAAUCUAUCACACAUAAAGGCAUUUGAUGGCGUGUUGUAUCAGUUGCUCACCAAGUACCCGGCCGACUCCGUCAGCGAGCUCGACCGGACGGUACAACGUUUCUUUGAGGAAAUGAUGUCGGAAUACUUCAGCGAGACAGGGGUGGUCGUUGACAAUAGACAAGUUAAAUGGAACCCAAGAGUACGUCUUUUUGGCAAGCCCGAAUCAGAUCGCGCAUCCGAUUUGGGCCCCGGGGAUAUUGACACUCUUGUCUCAAUUAAGGGAAUUGUAGUGCGUUGCUCAGACGUAAUACCUGAGAUGACUAUGGCAGCUUUCACGUGUUCAGGCCAGCUGAAGAUGGGAAUAAACUCUUUCGAAAAAUGCUCCCAGGAAGUCUAUGAAUAUGUUAUCCAGGGUGAGGUGAACGAGCCAACGUCGUGUUCCAAGUGCAAGAGUCGCAAUAGUUUUGAGUUGAGGCACAAUCUGUGCUGCUUUGCGAGUAAACAAUUAAUAAAGUUAAUUGAAACGUCCCAAACAGCGUCGGAGUCUCCGCAGUCUGUCAUUGUGUAUGCAUACGACGAUUUGAUAGAUGCAGCUAUGCCCGGAGACAAGGUUGAAGUAACAGGUAUUUUCAAAGCAUCUUCGCUUCGCAUAAAUCCUCGUAUGAGGACCUCUAGUGCUAUAUAUCGCACGUUUAUGAAUGCCUUGCAUAUAAGGUUGGAGGAGUCGUCGAAGUAUAGGAUGGCUUCUGUACCUAAAUUGUUGUCAACCCUGGAUAAGAAUCCUUUGAACUAUUCACAAGAUAUUGUGAACGAAAUUUUCCGUCUAUCUAAAUGUGCAAAUAUCUAUGAUUUGCUAGUGAAAUCAUUUGCGCCUUCAAUCCAGGGUCGUGAUGAUGUAAAACGUGGUUUGUUAUGUCAGCUCUUUGGUGCUAGCGUGGAUCCAUCAUCUCGCAUGAGAUCUCAAAUAAAUGUGCUCCUUUGCGGUGACCCGUCGACGUCGAAGUCCCAACUGUUGAAGUACGUUCACAUGCUUGCACCAUGCGGAGUGUACACGAGUGGAAAGGGCAGCAGUCAAGUGGGUCUAACGGCAUAUGUACGAAAAGAUGUAGAAACACACGAAUAUGUUCUUGAAAGUGGUGCAGUGGUGCUGUCAGACGGUGGAAUAUGUUGCAUUGAUGAGUUUGACAAGAUGGACGAUUUCGCCAAGGCCAUUUUGCACGAGGUUAUGGAACAGCAAACCGUGACGAUUGCAAAGGCAGGAAUAGUGGCUACUCUGAACGCAAGAAGUGCAAUUCUAGCGUCCGCGAACCCAGUUAAUUCUCGUUACGACAAACGCAAAGCCGUGGUGGAUAACAUAAAUCUCGCUCCGUCGCUAUUUAGCAGAUUUGAUUUGAUUUAUUUGGUUCUAGAUUGUAUUGAUCCAAUGGAAGAUAAGGUAAUAGCCAAGCGCCUAUGCAACUCCUUUGCUGGAAUCGACCAGGAGCCCCCUCCAAUAGACCCAGUGACCCUUUCACGAUAUAUAUGGUUUGCCAGGGCGAAUUGCAACCCAUAUUUAACAGCUGAGAGCCGCCAGAUAAUCAUAUCUGAGUACCUGAAGAUGCGUCUUACCGAGGGUUCAUCUAAAUUGCCGUGUGCCAGUGCUCGUCAACUUGAAGGUUUGAUUCGUCUUAGUCAGGCGCUUGCUAAGAUGAAGCUUUCUCCACACGUGACGGGUGCUGAUGCACGUGAAGCUGCUCGGCUGAUGCGUGCUACGACAUUCCAAUCUCUGAUUGACCCUGUGAGCGGAAAGAUAGAUUUUGACCAGUUGGCAACUGGCCUUACGUCUGCCGCUGCCAAAAGAGCUGAAGUUUUGUGUGAGGAGAUAUUGUCCACAGUUGCCUUUAUAACAAGUGCUGAACCAUCGGCAAGUUUGGAUGCGAUAUACGAACGAUGCAGAUCGCAAUUUAAACUAAAAGGGGAGUAUCUCGAACGUCGCCAGCUUCUGGAUGCGAUCGAUCAGUUGCAACGUGAAGAAAAACUAACAAAGCAUCUAGGGGGUUUCAAACUUCUAUGA